AUGGCUAUCAUCAAUGACUGCCCCGGUCUACGAGUCGAGGUCGUCGCAAACGGUAAUGCGCUCCGCGAAUACAACGACGAUCAAGCAGGUGAUGCACCGAAUGUAGUCACUAGAUAUUUGGAGGUUAACGGCGAAGGAACUUUUGAGAUUCUUACAAAGUUCCUCGAAAAUUACGCUGGAAGGCAUGGAGUUCGUGUUGAGGUCCGCCUUGACGGGCACAAGGUAGAUUCGUACCUUCUAAGACUGAACCAACUUAAGAAAGAGGACGGACAUAGGUCCUCAGGCGCGCCAUCGAAAAUCGGUGGACGAUGGCAUACCUCAAACUUCCUCUUCUCUUCUUUCGUUUUUGAGCAAGAUAGCACUAGAAGGCUUGACAAGGCUACUGAAGAAAAGUUGAAGCAGACCGGCACGAUCACGGUUCUGUUUCAUGAAAUCAAGAACAUCAGAUGGCCUAGAAGCUCGGGACAGACACCUCAAGCGAUGAACGGCGUAUCAAAGUUUGGGAAGUAUAUGAUUCGAUUACUCAAAUACUACAGCGUAGAUGAGCCUGUCAAACAGAGGCGCGGCAAAACAUUGUCCUAUGAUAAUGUAAACGGCAAAGGAGACGAACGUGCGUUUGCAACUUUUCGCUUCAAAUAUCGUUCGCUCGAGAUUGUUGCCAUCAUCGGAAUGUAUCGGGGUCAUGUCAACGGACUGGGGGACCUCAACAAAAAGGAGCUGCUGGCGCUAUUAGAUCACCACCGGAAUGCGAAUACACCGCUCAAGAGCAUCAAGCGCGAGCGGGAUGAAGCUGGUAGCAUUCUUGAGAACGAGAAGCGCCAGAAAUGAGAAAUUAUUGUUCUGGAUCAAUAGGCCAAACUGACUUAGGAUUUAAGCCAAGACA